GAGCAGAUCUGACUCCACUCGUUCGCGUGCCUUGCUCUGCUUCCUUUGCAACCAUGUCUGACAAACCCGAUAUGGCUGAGAUUGAGAAAUUCAAUAAGUCGAAAUUGAAGACGACAGAAACGCAAGAGAAAAAUCCACUGCUUUCAAAAGAAACGAUUGAACAGGAGAAGCAAGCAGGCGAAUCGUAAUGGGUCACGCACCACCGAUAGGCACUGUACAUUCCACAAGCAUUGCAUUCUUAUUUUACUUCUUUUAGCUGUUUAACUUUGUAAGA